UGCACCCGUGGGAGGCGAUGCUGUCCGCGGCUGUUCGCUGCGCCGCGGCCGCGUGGCUGUGCUGCUGCGUCGCCGGCACAGACCCCUUGAUUGAGGAUUUCCGUGGAUUUCUGCGGGAGGUUUUUCACGAAGUUGGCAGAAACUGGUCCGAUGUUCGUGCCAUACCAGACACAGAAGAAGAUAUGGGGGCCAGGGGGCUGGGUGACCUUGAAGGCCGGGGAGCUGGGUGACCUGGACAAGUGGACGCGCCGCGGGGACUGCCGGGUGUCGCAGAGCGGGGACGUCGUCCAAGCGGCGGCCACCGUCGCCUUCGACGACCUGCGGUACACGUACGACUUCGUCACCGACGACCAGAUGUUCUCCACCGCCGUGGGCGAGAUGUACGGCAAAGUGACGCGGCUGUCCGCCAUCUUGGUCUUCGAAGCGAACGUCAGUGACCCAUCGGCCGUCACCGCCGGCCCGCGCAGCUUCCAGCUGCAGCCGACCACAGAAGUGACGGUCGAGGAGAUUUCCCAUCAGAACGUGACCGAUGUGGCAACUUUCAGCCCUUACAUCGACAAUUCUCUCGUCAGCUUCAUAACUAAGAAGGCCCUUCCGGCGUUGCGGGACGACAUCGAAGCCGUGCUGAACGCCACGUUCGCGGAUGCAAAUUUCAACAUGAGCUCCGAGGCAGCGUUCGCCACCACCACCACAACGUCGAGAACAACAGCAUCGCCUGCAACAACUCACACGGGAACAAGCACUUCGGCUUCAGAGUCCGUUCAUUCUCCUACUUCCACCGAAAGUGCGAGCAGUAAAACCAGUCCUGGCACUGGACCCUCAGGUCAAGGAACAGGCACCACAUCCCUGACUAAAGGUACAGACGCUGGUAAAUCAAUCGAUGAGACAUCGAGUGAGAUCAGAAAACCCGAAAUUAAAGACUCAUUAGCAAGCAAGAAUGCCAAAUUCAGGAGACAAAGCAACAGCCUGGAGGAAAAAUACACCAGGAAAGCGACAGUUACGACAGCGAGGACCACGGAAACAGUCCACGAAAAGUGGUUGAUAGCAAACUUCAACUUGUUCAUCGACAAGCUAUUGGUCAGCACUGGAAAGAGAUUCGUGUCCCAGAACAUGACUCCUUACAACAUGCUGGAUGGCGAGGAAGAGAUGUUCAAGAAGGCCGAAGGCUCCGUGAACCUCACUGAAGGUCUCGUGUCUGGUCUGGACGAUCUCGGCUACGGCGACAAGAUCGCAGUGGAGCUGGAUGGAGAAUCGACGACUCUCACUGCAGACUUCAACUUCAAGAACGUCACGUUCCGGUUCAACUUCUCCUCCGGCGGCAAGCCGCACGCCCGGGGCUCCGGGCUCGUGCUGGGUCACGUGACCGGCCUGCGAGGUCAGCUGACCUUCUCGGCCAACUCCACGGACGCCCCAGCCGUCCGCUACGCCUUCCGCGACCUGAGGCUGCUGCCCGGCCCCGGCUACGAGGCGGCGGUGCUGUCCGGGGGUACUCUAAGCGGGGGAGCGGCGCGGGAGGUGUCCCACGCAGCGGGCAGCAGCCUGCGGAGGAACUUCCUGCCCAGGUUGCAGCAGGACCUCCGGCGCGGCGUGGAGGCCGCGUCCUGCCACGGGAGGGGGGCGGUGACGUCCUCAGGCGCCGCCGUCCUGCCGCCGGCCUGGACCGUCGUCCUCGCUGUCACCACCGGCCUGCUCGUCUUCCAGUUCCCACACUGUAGCAGUCGCCACUUCUGUGUCUCCCUCCUCGUUCCGUGACUCAGUUCCGAGAAGAAAGCCUUCUGACGGGGAGGGUGUGUCGCUCUCGGGGGUAGAGCCUUCGUUCCACAGACGAGAGAGCCACACCUGAAGUUCCCCGAAGUAUCAUGCUCGCUUUCUUCUCUCCGUACCACAACAGGUGUAUUUAUUUUUGAGGAAAAAAAUUCGCGGGUAUUUAUUCUCCAAAUGUGCGGGUUUAACUUAUAAGAUGUCAUUC